AUGUAUACCAAGGCCCUCUCCACAGUGUUGCUCCUUUUGGAGCUCACAAGCUUGGCUACGGCCGCUCCCUAUGUUGAAAAGAGAACCUACAAGGUCGAGCGUGUUCGCAAUGAAGCUUACACUGGCCGAAAUGGGCCCCGAGCGCUGGCAAAGGCCUAUCGAAAGUACGGCAUGCCUUUGCCUACCGGUCUUGUCGAUGCUUUGGAGGCACAGAACAACGAAGCGCCUGCUUUCCAGCCCACAAAGCGUCGUACCAGCAAAUGGCAUAGCCCGUUGGAGGACGCCGACCAGGAUGAUGCCGCCCAGGAUGCCGCCCAGGAUGUCAGCACCAAGGACGUUGGUACUGAGGAUGUUGGAGCCGAGGACGUUGGAUCUGAGCAAGUCGGAGCAGAGUCUGUUCUAGGCGAUAUCCUUGGGGGCUUGCUUGGAAACGGUGCCAAUAACGGUGCCGGAAAUGGUGCCAAUGAGAAUGGUAACAACGGUGCGGACAAGGGGGCUGGCAACGGUGCCAAGACCGGUGCCAAUAACGGUGCUAAUAACGGUGCUGGCAAGGAGGGUGGCAACCGCGCUGGCAACAACAACCCAAACACCAACCCAAACACCAAUCCCAAUACCAAUCCAAACACCAACCCAAACACCAACCCCAAUAUCGACCCCAAUACCAACCCCAAUACCAACCCCAAUACCAACCCCAAUACCAACCCCAAUACCAACCCCAAUACCAACCCCAAUACCAACCCAAACACCAACCCAAACACCAACCCAAACACCAAUCCAAACACCAACCUCGGCAACGGCAACGGCAACGGCAACGGCAGCAACAAUGUCGAUCCAAACGCCGAUGUGAUUGCGUCUCUUGCCAAGGCCCGUGAAGGCAACUUCACCGGCAAGGUAAAGACCGUACCGGAAAAGAAUGACGUCGAGUACCUAUCACAAGUCAAGAUUGGCGGACAGCCCGUCACGCUGGAUUUCGACACGGGCUCUUCCGAUCUCUGGGUCUUCAACACGCAGCUGCCCACCCAGCAGACGCAGGGUCGCCAAGUCUACGAUCCAACCAAGAGCAAGACGUUCAAGAUGAUGCAGGGUGCCCAGUUCCAGAUCCGGUAUGGCGACGGAUCAGGCGCCGAGGGCAACGUGGGCACCGACGUGGUGGACAUUGGCGGCGCCGUCGCGCCGGCGCAGGCGAUUGAGCUGGCGACGACCGUGACGGACACGUUUGUGCAGGACGCCAACAACGGCGGGCUGAUGGGCCUCGCGUUUGGCUCCAUCAACGCGGUGCAGCCGCAGAAGCAAAAGACGUUUUUCGAAAACGUCAUGCCCAAGCUGCAGGAGCCCGUCUUCACGGCGGACCUGCGCGCCAACGCGCCCGGCGCGUACGAGUUUGGCCGCGUCGACGCGAGCAAGUUUACGGGACAGAUGACCUGGAUCCCCGUCGACACGAGCAAGGGCUUCUGGCAGUUUAGCAGCGAGUCGUUUGCCGUCAACGGCGGGCAGCCGCAGCCGGCGGCGCGCGGCGGCCAGGCGAUUGCCGAUACGGGCACGACGCUGCUCCUCGCGGACCCGGCCAUUGUCGAGGGCUACUAUGCGCAGGUGCCGCAGGCGCAAAACAGCCAGCAGCAGGGCGGCUUCGUGGUGCCUUGCAAUGCCAAGCUGCCGGACCUGGACCUGGACAUUGGCGGCGUCUACAUGGCACGCGUCAAGGGCGAGGAUAUCAACUUCGCGCCCGUUGGCAAUGGUGCUUGCUUCGGCGGAUUGCAGGCCGGUCCCCCCGGUGGCAUGGGCAUCUAUGGCGACAUCUUGUUCAAGUCGCAGUUUGUCGCGUUCAACGGCGGCAACAAGAGCUUGGGCAUGGCCAAUCAUGCCUAA